GUAAGUGAAAAGAAACAUGGAGAAGCUGAAAUCACUAGUUCCAAGUAGCAUGAAGCGAUUGGUAGCAAACAGCAGUGAAGACGAUCUUCCUUCAACAUCUGCAUCACUACUCAACUUCUUCCUUAAUUUGGACCAGUUUCAGCAGAUUGUGAGAGACUUGGCGGAUCCUGAGAGCCGUCUCUGCGGGAAGAAUUCGGAGGGGGCUUUUGAACUGAAGCAAAAGGGAAAUCAAUGUUACUUGAGGGGAGAUUUUGCUAACGCUUUGAGUUGCUAUACUCAGGCACUGCGAAUUGCUCCAGUUGAUUCCAAUGACAAGGACAGAAAUUUGGUUGCAACUUUGUAUGUGAAUCGGGCUUCUCUCUUGCAAAAAAUGGAUCAUUUAGUGGACUGCUUACGAGAUUGUAAUCGAGCUCUUCAGAUUUCUCCAAGCUAUGCAAAGGCAUGGUAUAGGAGAGGGAAGGUGAAUGCUUCACUGGGAAAUUACGAAGAUGCAGCUCAGGACUUGACCAUUGCAAAGGACAUGGAAUCAUCAGUGGGUGGAAAGAAGCAGAUAGAAAGUGAACUGAAGAUAAUUUUAGAUCAAUCCAGGAGUGCAGACAGUAAGUUUGUUCAACACAAUGCAAACAACCUCAGUUUAUUUUACUUUAGUUUCAUGACUACUAAAGUGGUACAUAAAUUUGUUACAGAGGAUCUACUCCAAGUAAAACUGGAGUGCGUUAGCACUCCUGAUAAAGGAAGGGGUAUGGCUUCUCAAUGUGACAUUCCGGAGGCUUCCUUGGUGCAUAGAGAAGAACCUUAUGCUGUGAUUAUAUCAAAGCACUGUCGGGAAACUCAUUGUCAUUACUGCUUAAAUAAACUACCAGCAGAUGCAAUACCCUGUACAUCAUGUUCAAUACCGCUUUAUUGCUCCCACAAUUGCCGAGCAUGGGCAGGAGGACAACUUUUGAAGACUUAUCCAAUGAAACAUAAUAGUAAUGAAAGCCUUCUCAACAAAUUUGAAGAAUAUAUUGCACAAAUUACUCGAGUCAUUGAUUUGUAUCCUGGUGAUGGGCACAUUUUUGAACAUAAACAUGAAUGUCAAGGUGCACACUGGCCUAUAAUAUUGCCAGCUGAUAUAGCUUUGGCUGGACGAGUGGUGGUCAAAUCUAUAGAGCAAAGAAGAGCUUCUAGUGAGGAUUUUAACCUCAUGGAAAUUUUGGAGCUUUCACACAAUUAUUCACAUGCGUCUCCAGAAAGCAAAUUGGAAUCACAUAUAUAUUCAAUUGUUUUGUUGUAUUGUAUCCAGCAUUCUUAUGGCUUUGAACUUCCAAUAAAUGGAGCCUCUAUAUCACAGAUUGUCAUACUAAUAUCUCAAAUUAGGGUGAAUUCUAUGGCAAUUGUGCGCAUGAAAUCCAAUGAUGACAGACCACCAAAUCAGUUUGGAGAUACUGUACCUGGUGGAAGUGCUUUAACUAGCUCUGUGGAACAGAUCAGAGUAGGCCAAGCUAUUUAUGCAGCUGGCAGUUUGUUCAACCAUUCUUGCCAGCCAAAUAUUCAUGCAUACUUUCUUUCGCGCACUCUCAUAAUGCGGACAACAGAGUUUGUGACCUCAGGUUGCCCCCUUGAGAUGUCCUAUGGUCCCCAGGUUGGGCAGUGGGACUGUAAAGACCGUCUACAGUUUUUGGAAGACGAGUAUUCUUUUCGAUGUCGGUGCAGUGGUUGUUCUGAAAUUAAUAUAUCGGAUCUGGUUAUAAAUGCUUUCCAUUGUAUUAAUCCAAAUUGUUCUGGCGUAGUUUUAGAUUGCUCUGUGGUCAAUUGUGAAAAACAGAAACUUAAGCGUUUCCCCACAUUUCGAAAAGGUAGCAGCUCAGAAUUUCAUUUGCAGGUUGGCAAGCUUAGUAGUGAUUACAUUGAUUCAGUGGCUUACCUUGCACUUCAGAAAAAAAAUAGAACCAUUGAUGCUGAUCCUGGAUACUGUUUGAAAUGUGGUUCUUAUCGUGAUCUGGAAUCUUCAUGUGCAGCAGUUGAUGAAGCUUGGAUUUAUAUUAAAAGGUUGGAGGAUUCAAUAGUUUCAAGAGAAAUCUCAAGCACUAUAGUUUUAGAUGCUUUGAGAUCACUACAUCUGCUAAGAACAAUAUUGCAUGCAUACAACAAGGCCAUUGCCAAAACAGAGGACAAUCUUGCACAGGCAUUUUCUUUGGUUGGAGACCUACAAUCUGCAAGAGACCAUUGUAAAGCAUCAAUUGAGAUAUUAGAAAAGCUCUAUGAGCAUAAUCACAUUGCUAUUGGAUAUGAACUGGUGAAGCUUUCAUCCAUUCAACUAUCCUUGGGUGAUUGUAAUGUGGUGGACAACAUAAAUCAAUUGGAUGCAAUAUUUUUGCGCUAUUAUGGAUCACAUGCAGACACAAUGUUCCCAAAUCUGCAAUCCCUUAGAGAGAUGGCUCUCAAACUUGUCCAAUAAGGUUGGUUUCCUUUCUGUUUUCCCACUAAACAGUUUUGAGUUGAGGUCCUCGCUGUUGAACUCAUUGUUUAAUGGUGCUUCUCUAUCUUUGAGAUUGUUGACAAUGUUGUCAUGUUCAUUUAUCUGUUUUCUUUUCUUUGUCAUUUUCUAUCUCUUGCUAAUUAUUUCUAGAAGGCCUCAAUCCUAACUCUUGAGAGUGGUU